UUUUAAGUGUAUAUGGAACUGCACUCUCUCUAUAGCUCAGCUAUAUGGAUUUUGAUGCCAGUUCUAUGCGGUAUUUCUGUCAAAGGUCAAAAUACAUCAAAUCGCCAAAUUGUCAUCGACACGUGAACUUUUUGUGGAGGCGAAAUAUUUUUAAAUGUUAAGCAAAAAUUUGGCACAAAUAUUUUUUUGUUUGCACCAUUCUGCGAAUAAACGUAGAUCCCAAUGAUCAUGGAAAGUGCGUCUCUGAAUAAGGCCCAUCAGCAGCAAAGAAGGGCUGAAGCCUUGCUCCGCCAGAAGAAAUUUGAUGAAUGUAUCGAGUGUCAUAGACAAGCAAUCCUGCUGUUGAAUGAAGCAUCUAAAAUGACAGAAAACCCUCGUUCAUUAGAGUCAAUCAGGUUGCAAAAAAUGUACCAUGAGAAGCAGAUAGACUUGAUGAGAGCUAAGAAAAGUCAGGCACAGAUUGAGCAGUAUAGGAAAUCACACCACUUGAACCGCAAAAUCUCCUCCAAUGGCGAAUGCGACAACAGCGAAGGCCUUGAAGCAACCAUCUACCGCACCAUCCAAGUCCAUGACUCUCUCAUCGACUACCUCGGCAAACGCAGUGGCAGCGACAAUGACAGCCUCAAAUCUUACUCCACGUCCGACACAGACGAUCGUCAAGACAAGGACUGUACGACGCCCAUCGUGGGCAACAAGCAUCCAAAAGAUGAUUCGCAGAUCAUUGAGGAACUGAAGGUGCUGAGUGGCCAAUUGAGAGACUCAGUACAGUGCCUGUUGGUCCAGUUGGACGAUAGGAAUAAGGAGAUUGAGAAGCUCAAGGCGACUAUUAAUGUGUUGGAGAGUGAGAAACAGAAAGCGUCAGCAAAAAGCAGUACAAAUGGCAGUUUGAAAGUGACUGACUCGUCGGGAGGCACAUCGCCCUACGUUUUUUCACCCUGUAGUGAACUAAGUCCAGAUGUUAACGAAAUAAGCAGUAUACCACCAUUGGCGCCACUAGAAAUGCCCAAUUUAGACUUUCUAAGUGUAAUGAAAAGUAAUAAUAACAAUGCUAACUGAAACAGUUUACAUUGUUUUCAAUAAUGUUGUGACUCACUACUUUUGUCAUGACUUUUUGGAUUUAGAUCAAAAAAUUUUAACUUUAUUGAUGUGGAUACUAUUAGAUGUAAGUUUCUGUUACGAUUUUAUAAAAAUCGAUCGAAAUUAUGACUCUGAAGCAGAAGAGUCACUAAAAGCUGUUUAUUACUCAUUCCCAGUUCCUGACUGAAUAUAUUACAGAACUAAAUAUUCAUUAAAAGACAACUCUAGAAAGGAAUUCGACAAGUUUCGGUAUGAUCCUGGUGGUUAUAUUGAAAGAAAAGUCAAAUAUUUUUAUUAAUUUCGAAUAACCAUUUUGACCGAGUUUAGGAUAAUUUAGUUAAGUGAAAGCUUAUUAGUCAUCACAUCUAUAACCCAGUAUAUUUUUUGGAUGAAAUACUAAGUAAAAGCCGCCUCCAUUCCAGCAGCUAUUUGAUUCUUUCAAAUAGAAAUAGUUUCUUUUGAGCCACCUUGUGUAUCUUUGUUGAGGUUUCAGUUUGGUCCAAUUUUCGCCUUGAUGUGAAGAGGCCUAUUACUAUUGCUUCAAGAAAUCAAACCAUAUGAAUGUACUAAGUCUGAAUACUAAAAAACAUUACUGUUUUUCAAUUUUUUUUAUCCUUGUUCGUACUAUAUUGAAUUUUUACUUCAUAAGCUAUUUUGAAAUUUUUGCUGCUUAAAUCAAUUCACUUUAUAUGUUAGGUUUUAUUGAUAGACUCAAAGGAUACAUACGCGAGCCUAUAAGACUUCUCAACAUGUCAGAAAUCAUGGAAUUUUAACCGUUUUCAGUCUUGUUUUUCAACUGUAUACAAUUGGGUACAAACAUGUAUUUACUAAAAUUGAAUCGAGCAUUUCGAAAACCACUCGUCAUAUUUGAUAAGAAUGUAUAUGAAUAUGAUUAUACACUGAAUUUCAUUAGGUACUUAGAAUUAGUCCAGACAUUAUUUCCCUGCCCUGCCGAUAGUUUAUAUGGAAACAUAGCCUCUUUCCGAUACUUAACCCGGUUAGACGUGGCAGCGCGGUUGAGGGCUAAUGUACGGAGAAUUCUGUGAUGUGUGAAAUAUAUCUAAUAGGUGCUUAGGAUUACCAAGAUUGGGAGCGUACUAAAAUCAACAAAUUGAGACAAACUCUUCCCACGCUCUACAACCUCCACCCCCGUUUUUUUCUUCUAAUUUUUUUUUAAAGAUCCUCUAACGUCAAAAAAAAGAAGUUUGGACGAUUUUUAUUCAUUCUCAUUUUUCGCCUUUUUCUCUGCCGUCGCUGGACCGACUUCCAAAAGCUACAAAAUUUCAUCGAAAUCCAAGUGAUACUUCCCAAGUUAUAGGAGGUUAUACGAUUAGCGGAAAUGAGUGAUAUGGUUUUUCGUGAUGUACAUGUCAUAUUUAUCUCAUUUUCGAAAAUUUUCGCGAUUACAAUACUUCCCCGUUAGUAGGCGUGGGAAGUAAAAAUGAAAUUAAUUUCAGUGUAUAUGUUGAAGUCACUUAAACAUGCAAAGUUACAUGUGGCAUGUUAACAAGUUAAGGUUUAAGUGUAAUUUUCAAUAAUAAGCAAUAAAAAAGUACUUUAAAACUCAUUUAUUUAUGAAUGGCACAGUUUUUAUUGAUUUUUGAAAAGUUCAAAUUGUUUGACGAGGUUUUCGAGAUGAUCAUUUGAUUUGGUAUGAGAAAUUAACACCUAUACAAGAUUAUAGGUAUUUUCUCUUUUGUUGCAUAUAUAAUAUCCAACAUGUUAUUUUUUGUGAUAUCAAAUAUAAGAUCUAUAUUUCCAUA